CGCAGGCUCGCGCCCUAUUCCUUUUUCUGUGUUUCCCUCGGUUCCCCUGAUUUUUCCUGGCCACAGUUUGCAGACCCCACGACCAGGAUGGAGCAGCUGGACGCUCCGGAGCUGCUGAUGAAGAAGAGAUUCGAGGAGGAGGCGGCGCGGCCGGAGGAGCUUUUUCAGAAGGUAGAAGCUUCCUUUCCUAAAACAGUUCUGAGCCAAGGAAUGGAUAACCGAUACCUGGUGUUAGCGGUCAAUACUGUACAGGAUGAAGAUGGGAACCAUGAAAAGCAUCUGCUCAUCUCUGCUUCCCAGUCACUGCAAUCUAAAGAACUAUGCAUCCUAAAGAAUGACUGGUGUUCCAUACCAGUGGAGCCAGGAGAUAUCAUUCAUUUGGAGGGAACCAGCACACCUAAUACUUGGAUAAUAGAUGAAAAUUUUGGUUAUUUGAUUCUAUAUCCAGACAUGCUAAUUUCUGGCACAAGCAUAGCCAGUAGUAUUCGGUGUAUGAGGAGAGCUGUUUUAAGUGAAACUUUUAAGAGCUCUGAUCCAGCCACACGCCAAAUGCUGAUUGGUACAGUUCUCCAUGAAGUAUUUCAAAAGGCAAUAAAUGAUAGCUUUGCUCCAGAAAAGCUACAAGAACUUGCUUUCCAAACUCUUCAAGAAAUAAGGCAUUUGAAGGAAAUGUACCGUUUAAAUCUGAGUCAAGAAGAAAUAAAACAAGAAGUAGAAGAGUAUCUUCCUUCAUUUUCUAAAUGGGCUGGAGAUUUCAUGCACAGGAAUACUUCAGGUGACUUUCCACAGAUGCAGCUAUCUCUGCCAAGUGAUGGUAGUAAGAAUAAUUCAGCAUGUAACAUUGAGGUAAUAAACUCACUGGAUAUUGAAGAAAGCAUUUGGUCCCCUCGGUUUGGACUGAAGGGCAAAAUAGAUGUUACAGUUGGUGUGAAAAUACAUCGUGGAAAUAAAACAAAAUAUAAAAUAAUGCCAUUGGAGCUUAAAACUGGCAAAGAAUCGAAUUCUAUUGAACACCGUAGUCAGGUUGUUCUGUACACACUGCUAAGCCAGGAGAGAAGAGCUGAUCCUGAGGCUGGAUUGCUUCUUUACCUCAAGACUGGUCAGAUGUACCCUGUGGCUGCCAACCAUCUAGAUAAAAGAGAGUUACUGAAGCUCAGAAACCAGCUGGCAUACUCUUUGUUUCACCGUAUUUGCAAAUCUGCUUCUGGAAAGCAGAGGCAACUUGCUUUUCUGCCACAAAUAAUUGAGGAAGAGAAAACCUGUAAAUAUUGUUCACAAAUGGGCAACUGUGCUCUUUAUAGCAGAGCAGUUGAACAACAGAUGGAUGACACUUCAGUCCCAGAUGUCAUGUUGCCCAAAAUGAAAGAAGAAACUCAGCAUCUGAAGCUUACACACUUGGAGUAUUUCAGUCUUUGGUGUCUCAUGUUAACCCUGGAGUCUCAAUCAAAGGGUAACAGAAGGAAUUACCAAAAUAUCUGGUUAAUGCCUGCUUCAGAAAUGGAGGACAGUGGCAACUGUAUUGGAAACCUGAUUAGGACAGGACAUGUUACGACAGUGUGCGAUGGACAGUACCUGCAUCAUUUCCAACGUAAAAACGGUACCAUAUCUAUCACAAACCUAAUGGCAGGUGACAGAAUUAUUUUAAGUGGAGAAGAGAGGACACUUUUUGCUUUGUCCAGGGGUUAUGUCAAGGAGGUAACCAUGACGACGGUAGCCUGUUUAUUAGACAGGAACCUGUCAGUACUCCCCGAGUCAACCUUGUUCAGGUUAGACCAGGAAGAGAAAAAUUGUGACAUAGAUACCCCAUUAGGAAAUCUUUCUAAAUUGAUGGAAAACACGUCCACCAGCAAAAAACUUCGAGAUUUAAUCAUUGACCUUCGUGAACCUCAGUUUAUAUCCUACCUCAGUUCCGUUCUUCCAUAUAAUGCGAAGGAUACAGUUGCUUGCAUUCUGAAAGGUUUGAAUAAGCCUCAGAGGCAAGCAAUGAAAAAGGUACUUCUCUCAAAAGACUAUACACUCAUCGUGGGUAUGCCUGGGACAGGAAAAACAACUACAAUAUGUACACUGGUGCGAAUCCUUUAUGCCUGCGGUUUUAGCGUUUUGUUGACCAGCUAUACACACUCUGCUGUUGACAAUAUUCUUUUGAAAUUAGCCAAGUUUAAAAUAGGCUUUUUGCGUCUGGGUCAGACUCAGAAAGUUCAUCCAGGUAUCCAGGAAUUUACAGAGGAGAAAAUAUGCAGAUCAAAGUCCAUUAAAUCUUUAGCUCUUCUAGAAGAACUCUACAAUAGUCAACUUAUAGUUGCAACAACAUGUAUGGGAAUAAACCAUCCAAUAUUUUCCCGGAGAAUUUUUGAUUUUUGUAUUGUGGAUGAAGCCUCUCAAAUUAGCCAACCAAUUUGCCUGGGGCCACUGUUUUUUUCAAGAAGAUUUGUGUUGGUGGGGGACCAUCAGCAGCUUCCUCCCCUGGUGCUAAACCGGGAAGCAAGAGCUCUUGGCAUGAGUGAAAGCUUGUUCAAGAGGCUGGAGCAGAACACGAAUGCUGUUGUGCAGUUAACUGUGCAGUACCGGAUGAACAGUAAAAUUAUGUCCUUAAGUAAUAAGCUGACGUAUGAGGGAAAGCUGGAGUGUGGAUCAGACAAAGUGGCCAAUGCCAUGAUAAACCUUCCUAACUUUAAAGACGUGAAGUUGGAACUGGAAUUUUAUGCUGAUUAUUCUGAUAAUCCUUGGCUGGUUGGAGUAUUUGAACCAAACAAUCCUGUUUGCUUUCUUAAUACGGACAAGGUUCCAGCACCAGAACAAGUGGAGAAAGGUGGUGUGAGCAAUAUAACAGAGGCGAAGCUCAUAGUUUUCCUGACAUCAGUCUUUAUUAAGGCUGGAUGCAGUCCCUCUGAUAUUGGUAUCAUUGCCCCAUACAGGCAGCAGCUGAAGAUCAUCAGUGAUUUAAUGGCACAGUCUUCGGUUGGGACAGUCGAAGUAAAUACGGUAGACAAAUACCAAGGAAGAGACAAAAGUAUCAUCCUAGUGUCUUUCGUUAGAAGUAAUAAGGAUGGAACUCUUGGUGAACUAUUGAAAGAUUGGCGACGUCUUAAUGUUGCUAUAACCAGAGCCAAACAUAAACUGAUUCUGCUGGGGUGUGUGCCCUCCCUAAACCGUUAUCCUCCUUUGGAGAAGCUCUUUUUUCAUCUAAACUCAGAGAAAAUGAUCAUCGAUCUUCCAUCAAAAGAACAUGAAAGUCUUUGCCACAUCCUGGGCAAUAAUCUCAGAGCAUGAAGCACUACUUCCCUUGCCAUUUCAUCCCAGGGUAAUGUCUCCUCUAGCUGGUGCCACGUUCAUCAUUUGGGUUCGCUGUGAAAAUAGCAGCUGGUCAGACUGUGAAGAUAACUUAUAUCCAAUGGGUACAAAAUGCAGUCGCUAUACUCUGUUCAGGGUUUCAGGUUUUUUGUUUUUAAUUUUAUUUUUUGGUAUAAAUCUUCUUAAACAGAAUUCUGUUACCAUACAACACUUAACGCAGUAUUUGUUUUUUAAGUAUUGGUGUACCCCAAACUGAGAAGUCUUUAUAAGUACUAAAAAUGUAUUUUUGUAUGACCUAGAAAAAGAGUUUGAUAAAUCUUUUACCAGCUUCAAAAAUAGAAGAACUUUCGGAUCUGAGCUUUGAACUUCUAAGUCUAAAAUUUCAGGACUAAUUUGAUUUUGUAGAUUUUAUAAUAAGCAUUUUAUUUGAAAGAACCGUUACAGAAAGUUCAUUCGUUUUCAUCAUUUACGUACAGCCUUGUGAUGACGAGAGCAUAGGUGUGAUUCUUUUCUAUAUUUCAAGGUCUCUGAUCCAGAGGCCAUUUUGCUGAUUUCGCUUUCUGGUAUUAGAUGUGUUUUCACUUUAACCGUGGUCUUCUAAAUUAUGAAUUAAUUUCUUCCAAUUAAUUUCCUAUUUCUCCUUACUGUCCCUGUUUUUGUUUUCAGCAUUCAGUAUAUCAAUAUCCUAGGAUACAUUUUGAUAUAAAAUACAAUUUUUAUCCUUUUGAGAAGAAAUUUUGUAUUGUGAAUUGGUCAUAAAUUGAAAAGGUAUUUCCCUAUUUUUACUUAUUUAUCUUUCUAUACCCCUUU